AUGGAAGAUCAGGUGGAAGUCACCACGCGCCCUCUGGGCCACACUACGCACACCAUUCACAGGCGCGGUCCUGCUACUGCACCACGUGGGGGCUUUUGGCUGCUGAGUUUCCCCCCUGACCCAUUACACCCCUCCUUAGGCAACCUGGAGACCACUGCCUUCCGACAGGAUCCCCAUAUCGACGCCGCGCUUAGCACGGACGCCCGAUCCACAUGCGCGCACGCAGGUUGGAGCUCCCAGCGACGGCAGUUUCAACCACCCGGCCUCCAAGUUGCUGGAUUACAGGCGCACGCCGCUACGCCCAGCCGCUCGCUAACCCCAGCUCUUUGCACUUACGCGCUCCUCUCGCAACUUUUCUCACUCUCAGCCCCAACUACUCACUUGCUUUCAGUAACAUCUUACUACCUUCCAUCUUCACUCGCCAUCUGCAUUCCACCUUCUUGCCAUCGACCGUUCUCGCUCUCACCCUUUCUUCCUACCACUUUAGUCGUGCUGACGUAUGCACAUUUCACCUCUGCUUUUUAUCAAACGAAUAAGUAG